AUGGUGCGCGGGCUGGCCGCCGCCGAAUCGGUCCUCACCCGCAUCGACCCGCUCGAUCUCUCGUCGCUGCCCGAGCCCGCCCUGCAGCGCACCCGAGAUCUCUUCGGCGUCGACGCCACGCCGGAAUCGUCCGUCCUGCAGAUGCUGCGCGACGUUCGCGCCGGUGGCGACUCCGCCGUGCGCCGUUACGCCAGCCUCCUCGACGACGCGGACUUGGACACGCUGGAAGUCCCCGAGGCCGAACUGGAAGCCGCUUGGGACGAUACUCCCGAUGACCUCAAACAGGCCCUCCAGUUGGCCGCCCGCCGUAUCACCGAAUUCCACGAGGCCACCCUGCCGCGCGAUUGGGUUGACCUCAGCGGCGGUUUGGGUGAAUUGGUGCGGCCCCUGGAGCGUGUCGGGCUGUAUGCCCCCGGCGGAACCGCCGCUUAUCCGUCCACCGUCCUGAUGACCGCGAUCCCGGCCCGCGUCGCCGGCGUCAGCGAGGUCGUCCUGGCGACGCCCCGUCGCGGUCAGGAACCGUUGAAUUCUACCGUCCUCGCUGCCGCCCGGAUCGCCGGCGUGGACGCGGUCUACCAGGUGGGUGGCGUGCCUGCUAUCGGGGCUUUGGCCUAUGGCACCGAAACCAUCCGCAAGGUCGACAAGAUCUGCGGUCCCGGCAACGUAUUCGUCGCCUACGCCAAGCGCAUGGUUCAGGGUCAGGUCGACAUCGACGGCGUAUUCGGCCCAACUGAGACCAUUCUCCUCGCUGACGAGAGCGCGAACCCGGUGUUCUGCGCCGCCGAUCUCAUCGCCCAGGCCGAACACGAUCCCAUGGCCUCGGCUAUUCUCGUGACCGAUUCGCAGAACCUGAUUUAUACCGUAGAAGCCGAACUUGACGGUCAGAUUACCGGUAAUCCUCGUGCCGAGACCAUCCGGCAAUCCCUCGAACGGCAAGGAUGUAUCGUUUUGGUGGAUGACUUCACCGAGGCCAUCGCCGUUGCCAACCAUAUCGCUCCCGAACACCUCUGCCUCAUGGUCGCCAACCCUUGGGCCUGGGCCGGUCAGGUCCGCAACGCCGGCGGCCUCUUCCUGGGGGAAUUCUCGCCCGAGGUCAUGGGCGAUUACAUCGCCGGUCCUUCCCACGUCAUGCCCACCGGUGGAACCGCGCGCUUCAGUUCCGCCCUAAGCGUGCACCACUUCCUGCGCACCAUGCCGGUGGUCGGGCUCAGCCUACAACGGUUCACCGACCUCGGCGCUGCCGCCGUCCGCAUCGCUGAAGCCGAAGGGCUUCCCGGGCACGCCGGCGCGGUGCAGGCCCGCCUUGACCACAUCGCUGCAAUGCAAACUCGCUAA